GACACAGUGCUGCCGGCAGCGCUCAUUGCUGUCGGAAGUGUGCAGUGCAUGACGCUUUCCUGCUGCCGUGGAGGGGUCUAUUUCCGUUCUCUCCAGCUGAGCAGCAGGAGCAGCAGCAGGAGCAGCAGCCUGAAAAUCCCCUUUCACUUUCCCAAGGCUCCAUCGCUGGGAGGGUGGAAUGAUGUUUGCAGUGUGCCAGCCAGACGUCCCCCUGAACGCUCCGUUCCAUGAGGGCAAGCGGGACCCCACGCUGGGCACGGCCUUCCUCGCUGAACGGGAGCUCAGGCAGGACAAGAAUUUCAACUUUGUGGCGGAAGGGUACGACAGCAACGAGAACUGGAGCCAGGUGGUGAUUGGGACCCGGAUGGAGGGGGGCUCCGGCCAGAUAGAAAACACAGCCGAUAAUCUGGUGUUCUUAGUGCAGAGACAGACAGCUCAGGGCAGGCUUAGGGAUGCUCCCCGAGGGCUGAAGUCAGACAUGCUGGGACUCUCUGAGGAGGACGUGCGCAGUCCCCACAAGGGAGCCGAGCUCAGUGGCGCCGAGAAGGAGAAAGCGGCUACUGAGGACAUGGCCAAAGAGUGUGGCAAAUGGGCUGGCUCCCCCUUAGAGGACAAUGGCUAUGCCAGCAGCUCCCUCAGCAUCGACAGCCCCGACAGUAGCACUGGCAAUGCCUGGGAGGCACCUGCUGCCGCCACCAAAGACCCGAGGAACCAGCCAGCGCUUCAGGUGCCCGAUGCUGAUUCCGAAAACUCCUCCAACUCGGACACGGUCUUCCCGGUGCUGGCCGAGGCCUUCCAGAACCUCCAGGACAAGAUGAGAUACAAGGAGCGGGAGAAAGAGAAACACCACAUCCACCUGGUGAUGUAUCGGCGCCUGGCCCUGCUGCGUUGGAUCCGCGGCCUCCAGCAGAAAGUGGUGGACCAGCAGAACCGGCUGCAGGAGAGCUUCGACACCAUCCUGGACAACCGCAAAGAGCUCCUCCGGUACAUCCAGCAGGGCGUGGUGUGCCCCAAAGCACCUACUCACGCUGGCCUGUGAAAGAGGCUCAUCCCCCAUCUGUCACAGUUAGAUCUGCCCACCCCCACCCGCCCAACCCUUACCCGGCUCUAACCAGUUGUUUCGUCUGAGCACAGCAUCCAGGAUUGGGCCCCACCGAGCUUUGCAGUCAGCUCCCAGGUUCUGCACGGAAGGCGGGCAUGAGAUGCUCUUGCUUUGUGCACCCAGGGAUUUAGUGAAGCGUGAGGACACCCGACCUGACGAAUGCCACGUGGUAUUUAUGAGCGGGAACAACGUAGCUAGAAGCAUGUUCCCGUCCAUUUCCAUGCAUGGCUCUCGCUGAGAGCACAAGUGAAAAGUCCAAAAUGUGCCCCAGCUAGUGGCUGAGAAGUCAGGGAACGGAGGGGCUGGUGCUAUUUGAAAUGAACCUGAUUAACCCUUUCUCGACCCGACCCCUCCUCGCCCCACCAUGCUGCAUAUUCCUUUAGCACAAACAAUUAACCCUUCGCCAGCUGAUUAGCAGCCAGGAUUCACCAAUGUUCCCAGGACCCCAGUCUCACUGGAGAUCUCACCUGAGACCUGGGGUCACUAGUGAAUUGGCACAGGCCAGUCAGCAAGCUACUAUCUGAUUAGUUAGCAAGAGGGUUAUUUCUGGGUGGAACGUUCCAUCAUAACAAUACCCCUAAGGACGGUCUGCUACUGUCAAUCUACUGACCUCUCUCAGCAUCCAUCCCACCUCCUUAUCUCUCUCUCUGUCCAUCACAGCUGAGCUGCCUACUCAGAGGUCCACUGGGUGCCCAGAGGCUCUCAAAUUUCACCCUAAAUCCAUAACCAUUUAGUCCCACUGUGCUUCGAAAGUGAACAGCUCAUCAGCAGUGUCAUAGCCUGGCUCCUCUCAAAGGCCUGGGUCUCCCCAACUGGCUCUGCAAUGCCUCCUCUAAUCUCUUUCUCCUCCUCGCCCUGCAACCACCUCUUCCCCCCCGCUUCGCUAUGUGUGACUGCUCCCGCUCUUGACCGGCCAGCACAGCUUCAGCCGCUCUCUGCAUUGGCUGGAUAGCCGUUCGUCAGGGUCCCCUCUGCAGACAGCUCCCCGGCUGCUGCUACCGCUGUGGCUUCCCCAUGCCCAUGCUCACCCUGCCUGCCUCUUCCAAAGAGUGUUCUCUAGACCCAGCCUGUUGGGUCUGUUGGUUACUACAGCUCUGAAUGGGGCACAAUUCUCUUCACAAUCCAGCUUUGCUGAGGCUCAUGAUCUGAUACUGAUCUUUGAAACUCUCCCUCUAAUUCUUUGAGUUAACAUUUUAAAUAAGGAAUCCUAUUCACCAUGGCUCUGCAACAUUAGGAAGGUUUGGAAUUGUCCCCCAAGUACGUCUUUAGCUUGGAGUGUGAAUCUAGACAUGAAAAUUGCCAUUAAAAUCAGAGAUGGGAGAACUCCACGGGCCAUUGUUAGAAUCCACUGGAAAACCAUGACUUCUGCACUGAGAUCUGAAUUCAAAGCUUUUAGGUUGAAGGUUUCAUUUGGGUUUUGGCCUUCAGAGUUUUCCCUCCUCUGGUUGUUCUAGAAGCCGCGAUAAGAACUGCUGGAAAAAGAGAAUCUUUAUUCACAGAUUUAAUGGCCAGAAGGGACCAUUGUAAUCAUCCAGUUCUAGUCUGACCUGAUGAAUUGCAGGUGUCAAAGGUGCUGUGCAGUCAGGUUAUUGUUUGCAUUGCACAGGCUGCCAGUUUCUUAGGGAACUUUUUACCCCAUCUCUGUACCAUCUACUACAUCUCCCAUGAAAAACAACAUUUAAAAUAAAGGGGGAAAGGUGUUUCAAAGAGCCCAAAUCAAACCUUGGACCACGAAGCUCAUGGAAACGCUAACCCUCUGCUGGAUUUUCCCUUCUCUAGCUUAGAUCGUAGGGCCUGCCCUGGGGAGUUGAGAUGCCAGAUCAGGCUGUUCUGUUGCUGGAACAUAUAAUUGCAAGUGGUGUAUGCUACUCCCACACAUUUGCUGCUGCGACGGGAAUGAGCUCCCGACUAUUGUGUGUGUCUUGCGUUGACAGCCAAUGCCUUGUAAGAAACAGAUUGUGCGUGUCCAGCAAGCUCUGUAGGAAUCGAUGGGUUGCAUAUGCUUGGGGAUUGUAAUCUGCAGCAAUGUGUGAUGUGCUCUGAGUGUAAAAGUCCAUCUGGUGACAAAGGCCCUUAGUGCAGCAAAGCAUUUCAACCCAUGCUUGAGUUCCUCCCUAUUUGGCAACACACGUAAGCCCAUGCUUACUUUAAGCACGUGCUCAGACUGUAAAGGCCAUCUGACCUCCUUCACAGCACGGCCAGAUAAUUUCAUCCAGGGAUUCCUGCAAUAAGCCCGGAACUUCUGUUUGAGCUAGAGUGUGCCUUUUAGAAAGAUGUCCAGUCUUGACUUAAAGGCUUAAUUCCCAAUGACGUCUAGUUACGCAUGAGCUUAACUGCUUUGCUGACUUGAGAUGGGCUAGUGAAUUGGGGUCGAAGAGAGAGACUCAUACUACUAAGAACUGACCUCAAAAUGCUUUAAAAUAGGGUCAAGUUUCAUUUAACUCUAAUAUUUUUUUCAGAUUCAGUAUUACAAUAUAUUGAUUUAGAUUUUUUUAUUACACUUACACACACACACACCCCACACACCCCUAUCUACCUACAGUAUAUAUUUAAAAACUAGGUGCCAAAUCAGAAAAAUCCCCUAGUAAUAACCUCUCUCACAGCCGUGCUGUUUAUGUUCUAUUAAUUUAUUGUUGUAAAGCAAAGAGAGUAACUUUUCUAAUCCAUUUUUCCAAUGAGAAAUGCACAUACAGAGUAUAAGAAAUAUGAGAGAGAUUAAAAAGAGACCGUUGUGUUUAUUUGGUAUAUUUUCUUAAAAGUGAAUUUGCUCCAUAUUCUUAUUAUUCUAUUUAUUGUACUGUACUAGGGGAGGCAGUGUGGUUUAGUGGCAAGAGCAGAGGCCUAGGAAGUCAAGAGACCUGGAUUCUGUUCCCACCCCUGCCACUGACCUGCUGGGUGACAUUGGGCAUGUCACUUCACCUCUCUGUGCCUCAGUUUCCCCAUCUGCAAAAUGGGAGUUAUGGUACUUAACUUAACAGAGUGCUCUGAGAUGGACAGAUAGAUGAAAAUUAACUAUGUAUUAUUAUUAUUAGAUUAUAUUCCAUGCUCACUGCACCUUCACAAAGCUGCUGUUGAUACCUGCAAUAACUUCCAUUUUGCACCAUGUUUCUUCAUAUCUUCCAGUAAGCGGAAGCGAGGAUACGGUCCCAUAGCCCUUUCGUGUGUCGUUCCAGGAAAGUCAACGAGACUAGGCACGUGACUAAGGCUUGCUCGUGGGAGAAGGGGUUGUAGCAUUCAAAGCUCUGAUGCUGACCUUGCAAUCUUGAUGCAUAUUUAGACUGUAAGCUCCGCCUUCUUGUUAGAUAGCUCUUCGGCACCUAACACAACAAGGCCCCAGUUCUUGACUGGGACCUCUAGGGGCUACCACAAUUUCAAC